AGCUUCCUCUAACGGAAAUCUUUUAGGACCUCGCCUAACUUUAUGCACUUUUCAGAUAAACAGAUCAGUCAAAGUAUCAGUAACUAUCGGACUACUUAACUGAGAGGAUCCCUGCUGCCAGGGAUCGGUUCACUUUGCUUCAGUUUAGCUGCGGGACAGCCGUGAAUAAACGCCGGUUUUUGAGUUCCGGGGGUUGCGCUUACCUGAGGAGCAGAGUGCCAGGCUACGGUUUCCGCUCGUGCCGUGUUGUGGUGACUAGCCGUGGUAACUAGCAGGGCUAGCUAGAGCUGUAUGACUGGUGUUGCUGCAGCAUAGAGAAAGCGGCAAUUAGCCAGCAAGCAGGCUACUCUCACUCGUCUGUUUUCUUGGUUCUCUUUUUAAGACAGUUCGCCAUCUCUGCUGAUAACACAUUAUGUGCUGGGUGCUGCAGUAAGGAAGGUCAGCAGAUGGAAAAAUGAUAUUUAUACCCAGUGGAUUACUCAUCACGCCUUUCGAAAUUGUGGAGUGCUUUUCUCCUUAGCAUCAUGCGUUUCUACAAAUCAAGCCUAGUCUCCUGCUGCAGAGAUUUCACCUCCUUACGCUUGGAUUUAUCCGCCAGUUUUUAAAGACGGUCCUUAUCAUCAUCUUCUUCUUUUUAGUGUCGUUCUUGUUAUUAUUUUUUAAAGUGCUUCCGGUAAAACAUUAACUAUGUGUCUAUGCGGGUUGGAUAUGCUCAGAUAAACACAAGCGUGAAGUCGUGCGAAGGGAAGCCCAAAGAAGGAAGUCCAGGACGGGAUAGGCACGCAGAAACUACCCCGCGUCCCAAAGAAACAUGGCCUCGGUGUGGAAGAGACUGCAACGUGUGGGAAAGCAUGCGUCUAAAUUCCAGUUCGUGGCUUCCUAUCAGGAACUAAUGGUGGAAUGUACUAAGAAAUGGCAACCAGACAAACUGGUGGUGGUUUGGACGCGUAGAAGUCGACGGAAAUCCUCCAAGUCUCACAGCUGGCAGCCUGGCAUCAAAAACCCCUACAGAGGAGUCGUGGUGUGGCCUGUACCAGAAAACAUUGAGAUCACGGUCACUCUUUUUAAGGACCCCCACGCAGAGGAGUUUGAGGACAAAGAAUGGACGUUUGUCAUUGAAAAUGAGUCUCCAUCAGGGCGGAGGAAGGCCUUGGCCACUAGCAGUAUAAACAUGAAACAAUACGCCAGUCCGAUGCCCACACAGACAGAUGUCAAGCUGAAGUUUAAGCCCCUGUCCAAGAAGGUGGUGUCAGCCACGCUGCAGUUCUCCCUCUCCUGCAUUUUCCUCCGCGAGGGGAAGGCCACUGAUGAGGACAUGCAGAGCCUGGCCAGCCUGAUGAGCAUGAAACAGGCGGACAUUGGCAACCUGGAUGACUUUGAGGAGGAGAAUGAGGAGGAUGAGGAGAACAGGGUCAACCAGGAGGAGAAAGCUGCUAAGAUCACAGAGAUAGUAAACCAGUUGAAUGCCCUCAGCUGCUUACAUGGGGAUGAUGAUGAUGAUGGUGGUGUUCCCAAGCGAGCACGCAAAGCAACAGCUAAGCCUGCUGCUUCCUCCCAAGAGCUAAUUAACAAGCUGAACUUCCUGGAAGACGAGGAUCAGGAUACGGCUCCCGCCAUGAACAACAAUCCUUUUGAUGAGCCCGAUGUCGACCUUCAUCCCAACCAUCUCAACCCAUUUGAUGAUCCUGAUGAGGAAGAGCCCCCUGCCCAGCCGGUCCUACGGCAGCGGGCUGACGACAGUUCCUUUUAUGACCACGACGACUCAAAUCCGUUCAACGAGCCAGAUGAGCCAGAGACACAAGCAUGUCCGGGGAACCCCUUUGAUGAGCCUGACCAGGACACAGACCCUCAGCCAGAUCCAGAACCUCCCAAACCCAGGCAGAGGAAAGGUGUCCGGCCCGUUGACAUGAGCAAGUACCUGUAUGCGGACACUUCUCACAAUGAGGAGGAGCUCGACAAAUCCAACCCAUUCUACGAGCCAAGGACAUCGAGCCCUGUGCAGCAGGAUGCUGGUGGCCCCUCACCUGAUGUGGCCAGCAGCCAGAAGAGGAGAGCUCCCCCACCCCCGGGCACUAGCCCUGGGCUCGGCCCCAGUUUACCACCCCACAAACCCACAUCUGGCCCUGAUGGGGAGAGAGCCCAGCCCGUCGGGCCCAGCCCAGUGGCAGCAAUGAUAGGGAGAGAGCUGGCCUCCUCUUCCCCCAAGCCCAGCCCAGUCCCAAGCCCCAUUCUGGGAGGAAAACCCAAUGCCAGCCAGUCCCUGCUGGCCUGGUGCCGCGAGGUCACGAAGAACUACCGUGGGGUGAAGAUCACCAACUUCACCACGUCCUGGAGGAACGGGCUGGCCUUCUGCGCUCUGCUGCACCAUUUCAGACCCGAUUUGAUAGACUACAAGUCGCUCAAUCCUCAGGAUAUUAAAGAAAACAACAAAAAGGCAUAUGACGGCUUCGCCAGCCUCGGCAUCUCUCGUCUCCUGGAGCCAUCCGAUAUGGUGCUGCUGGCCAUUCCUGACAAACUAACAGUAAUGACCUACCUGUAUCAGAUCCGGGCCCAUUUCUCUGGCGAGGAGCUCAAUGUGGUGCAGAUAGAGGCCAACAGCAACCGCAGCACCUACAAAGUGGGUGACUUUGAGACUGAUACAAAUGCAUCAAUAGACCAGGACAAGUUCUACGCUGAACUGAACGAUGUGCAGCCCCGCAAGGCUGACUCUCAGGCUGCUGUUUCUGCCAGCGGUGCCACCACUGAAUCUAACAGAGCUGAAGCUACUGAGGGAGAGGUGAAGGAGCAAGGUUUGAAGGCCGAGGUAGGAGCAGUUCCGGCCGGCUUGUCGACUCCAGCGCUGUCACAGUCCUCGCUUCCUGUCCCAUCACCGCGCACAGUAUUAGUUUCCACAGCAACAAACUCAACCUAUGUGAUGGCGUCAGGCUCUGAGGACAGGGGAAAUCUACAGAAAGCAAACACUUUAGACCUUAGUGAGUUACCACAGCGAGUGGAGAUGGAGAAGGAAAGGCAAAACAAGGAUGAACCAGGAGAGCAGAGAGGAGAGGGAGCUCCCGAACCAGCGUCCCCUACCAGGAGAGGAGCUACUUUGUCCCACUCGCCACCCCAUCCGAAACUGGGCUUCUCCUACAACAGGGAUGCCGACCUCAUCAAGAAAAAGAGGGCAAGCCUGCGUCACUCAGAGUCUGAGCCUGCAUCAGAUACCAGCUCUUCUCCAGUGAAUCAUACAGAUGCCCCAGUCAAACAGGAGCCACGACCUGCCCCUGUGUCGAGCCCCCCAGCUGAGAAGAAGGUCCUCUCUCGUCAGGAGGAGUUGAAGGAGAGAGCCAGACUCCUCUUGGAGCAGGCCCGCAGAGAUGCUGCAAUGAAAGCCGGCAGCAAAUACAUCUCCAACUCAGCUGCAGCUGCACCAAACAGAGCUGCAGGUGUCUGUGAUGAGCGGGAUGCUGAGCGGCGAAGACAGCUGAGAGAACGAGCCAGGCAGCUGAUAGCCGAGGCUCGAUCCGGAGUCAAGAUGUCCGACAUGAGCCUGCUGGAUCCAUCAAGCAGUGGUAAAGGUGGCAAGGCGGGCACUGCUGGAGAUGUUUUGGACGGAGUCAGAAGUCAUCAUGAGGAUGUUGGUGUUACUGGUGUAAGGGGUGAGGAUGAGGGAGAUGUGAGGGCUGAGGAGGAGCAGUUCCACUUUGGUGGUGAUGAUCAUGCUGUUGAUUCCGCUGCCACAUCUGCAUCUGCACUGCCUACUAACCUGCUGCCACUGGAGGCUCUUCCAACUACUUCCAGCACCCAGGGCCCCCUGGAGCUUACUAACCCCAGCUCUGAGCUAACCUUUUUGGGUACAAACAGCAAGCAUGUGGAUCUGAAGCUGAAGAAGCUGGUGGAGGUCAGCCCAAGAGGAGUCACUUCUCCUUCAUCCCCGUCUUCCACCUCCUCCUCAUCGUCACCCACCGCCUCCUCCUCUACCUCCCCGCUCAGCCCUGCAGAAGGACUGGAGAAUAAUGCAGAGGAGUUGAGAGCUGAGAGGCUGCGCAGAGCCACGGAGAGGUUGCGAAACCCAGUUGUCUUCAACAAGGACUCUGCAGUCAGGAAAACACAGCUCAAGUCCUUCAGCCAGUAUGUGGAGAGCAGACCAGAGAUGAAAAGACAGAAGUCUGUUCCUGAGGAUCAGAAGAAGGCUGAGGAGGACAGAGGUUCACCCAUAGAGGUUGAUGUUCGCAGACCGUUUGAAGAGGAGGCGUUCAAAGACACCAGUCAGUAUGUGGUUGGGGAGCUGUCUGCACUGGAGAGCGAGCAGAGGCACAUAGACGCCCGAGCAGCUCGCGUGGAGAAGAGGCUGCGCUAUCUCAUGGACACAGGCAACAACAAGGAGGAGGAGGAGGCCAUGAUGCAGGAGUGGUUCAUGCUGGUCAACAAGAAGAACGCCCUCAUCAGGAGACAGAACCAGCUCUCUCUGCUGGAGAAAGAGCACGAUCUGGAGAGGCGUUUCGAACUGCUGAACAGAGAGCUGAGAGCCAUGCUGGCCAUCGAGGACUGGCAGAAGACCGAGGCCCAGAAGAGACGGGAGCAGCUGCUGCUGGAUGAGCUGGUCAUACUGGUCAACAAGCGAGACGCGCUGGUCAGGGACCUGGACGCCCAGGAAAAAGAGGCCGAGGAGGAGGACGAGCACCUGGAGAGGACGCUGGAGCAGAACAAAGGCAAGAUGGCCAAGAAAGAGGAGAAGUGCGUCCUUCAGUGAUUGUCAGCAAACACAACCAACAAAUGUAGCCGAUAAAAGAAAUGUAUCACAUGAUUAUUAUCGAUCAUUUUAUUUGAUAGAGGAGUCGAGACAUUUCUGUCAGUUAUUGGAAUCCCUUUGAGGUUUAUGUUCGGGUCAGAUUAACCACAGAGACUCGGCUGAGCGAAGAGGCCCUGCGACACCUUUGCACCAACUUUUUACGGACUCGGACUGUCCCCCUUUAUUUUAUUUUAUUUUUUAAAAUUUGAACUCUGCUUUACUUUCUCGAGAACGGUACCUGUGUAACAAACAUGAAUACGUGUGAGACGAGGGCAGCGCACAGCCUGUGUGCAGCUCGCUCCGUCUGAAUGUGGAGACCAGGCACAGUCUGUGGUGGAUUUGAGGUACAGCACAACAAUGGGGGAAAUUUUACUCUUAUUUGUUUUCUUUUCUUUUUCUUUCCCCCCAUCAUAUUCAGAAGAUGAUGAGGUGGGUUGACUUUUCAGUCAGACUUUUUAAAGAAAAACAAAGAGAUAACAUCGCUCUUUUCAAGCUACUUCAUUACUUGACCGUAUCUUUUAAUUAUCUCACUUUUUACUUGUAAAAUAUCUUAACUUGGGAAGCAUUACUGUUCACAAAUCUUGACUUUCCUAUUGCUUUUUUAUCGUCUUGGCUUGAAAGCAGUUUACCAAAACAAAGAAAGGAAAAAAAAAAAACACUUGUUGUAUAUUUUCAUCACUGCUCUGACCAACAGCUUCCAAAAUCUUUUUUUUUCCUCCAUCAGGAGUCAUGCAGUCAGAAAACAACAGAUAUAUAUAUAUAUUAUUUAUUGUCAUUUGUCCAAUAAGCUGCUUGUUAAGUGAAUCUACCAUCACGUUUCAUUUUGCUCAACGACUUUUGGUUUCUAUUUAUUGUAUUCAGAAGAAGAGAAAUAUGCUUCCAUCUCUUAGAGCUCCACAUCUUGUGCAGCUGUUCUUUUUACGUGUGAACAUUUAUCUGAUUAUUUAUUCCAGUGUCAUAACCCAAGUCUUCAGUAAUAAAGUCUUUAUGAUUUCAUACUCCACAAGACGCUGUGUGGCCUCUUCUUAAAAAAACUAAAAACCUAGCCG